UCGAGAAAAGUGUCAAACAAGAAGGACGUUAAAAAAAAAGAAUAGAAAAUGACCGAAAACUCUUCCAAGAAGCGGAAUGAAAGUUGUUCAUUUGAGUAGUCUGCGACCGACUGGAUGGGCUGAUCAAUGGAGGGAUAUGUUCUUCAACAAGUCUUUUAUAUACUAGCUCCUCCUCCUCCGUUAAGUUGAGGAAAUCGAGUUUUAAACUCACAUUUGAUCGUCUAGCUAACAGCGGAAGCUAACUGGAGUAGCAUGGAAGUUGCCGGCUGGAGGUGUUAGUUUUGUUUCGUCUAUUUUAGCUUCCAAUUUUACCUUCACAUAUUUCGUCUGGACUCGUUUCCUGGUUCUUUUUGGCUGCUUCUGCUGGUGGAGAUGUCUCGCAGGCGGCUGGACAGUCGCAGCUGUCCCGCUGCCGCUGGGCUGCUGGCCGAAAGUCACACGCCUAUCAGCUCGGAGCCUAUGGACGCUGUGUUCGAAGUCACCGGGGAAUUGGGAAGGGGCAAGUUUGCUGUGGUAAAGCGCUGUGUGGAGAAAGCCACAGGCAAAGUAUUCGCUGCAAAGUUCCUACGAAAAAGGAGGCGCGGUCGUGACUGCCGGGCUGAGGUAGUCCAUGAGAUGGCAGUUCUUGAGACAGCCCGGAACAACCCACGGGUGGUCAACCUGCACGCCGCUUACGAGACGGAUCACGACAUCGUCCUUGUGCUAGAAUACGCUGCAGGUGGAGAGAUUUUUGACCACUGCGUGUCCGACGAGCUGCUGCCUGAGGCUCAGAUCACCCGUCUGAUUAAGCAAAUGCUGGAAGGAGUUCACCAUCUCCACCAGAGUAACCUGGUGCAUUUGGACCUCAAGCCCCAGAAUAUUCUCCUCACGAGCCUCUCCCCUCCCGGGGACAUAAAGAUUGUAGACUUUGGCCUGGCACGCAGAUUGGGUGCGGUUGGGGAGCUCAGAGAGAUUCUUGGCACACCUGAGUAUGUGGCACCAGAAAUCCUGAAUUAUGAGCCCAUCACAACUUCAACGGACCUUUGGAGCGUGGGGGUCAUCGCCUACAUGCUCGUGACGGGCGAGUCUCCGUUUGCUGGUGAUGAUAAGCAGGAGACGUACCUGAAUGUGUCUCAGGUCAACGUGGACUACAGCCGGGAGGCCUUCUCCAGAGUUUCUGAGCUGGCAGUAGACUUCAUCCGCAAGCUGCUGGUCAAAGCACCCGAGGACCGUCCCAGCGCUGCGGAGUGCAUAAGCCAUCCAUGGCUUUGGCAGCAGCAGCAGUUGUAUGCAAACCCUGAGCCAGCUUCCACCCGCGGCCCCCGAGAGCGAAACCUCGGCAGCAAGUGGCCGGCACCUCCGCCCGAAGACCCCGAGGACAAGGAGAACUUCCUGGAGUCGUCCUCGCUGCCGCAUUCCCAAGCCAAACGCUUUCGGUUGGACGAGGAGGCGGUUCAUGGAGACGGUGACUUGUGAAAAGAAAAAGGAAAUAGUUUUUAAAUUAGUUUUAAGACCACUAGGCGAUUUAUUUAUACUCCACUUAAUUUGUUAAUUGUGAGAUUAACACAAGCCAAAGAUAAUCAUUUUAUUGAUCCACCGUCGUUGGCUUUUGUGAUUCUAUUUGUCCCCAUUGUGUCGAACUGGAACCGUUAUUAGAACUGCAGGAUGAUGGCUAUAUUUUAUGGGAAUCAAUGUAGUACAUUCAAGCUAGCUGCUUUGCCGAAACGGGAUACACACAUACUGAAUUUUUUAACACUUUUUUUUUUCAAUUGUGUUGCCUGAUACAGGUAUUCUCACUCUUCUUAUAGUGUAUGGCAUACGUACACACAACAAUAUUUGUCCAAGUACCAAAUGUUCCAUGAGAGGCACUGCGGUGCCGAAUUUGGUGUUGACAACCUGAUCGUAAAUAUUGAACAAGUUUUAACAGUUAUGAUUGUGGGCCCUGGUUGUUUUCUGAGCAGAUUGGGAUGGAAAAAACACCGAAGCAUAUUAUCCUCUGCUUGGGGUGGGUUUAGAGCCAUACAAUUUUAUCACAACUGAGGGACUAAUAUUCAUCCAGAUAAUCGUUAUUUGUAAUCCCCUUUACAAUUGUGACUGUUUUAUGAACAGAUCACAGAUGAAAAGUCCAUCUUGACAUACCCAACACCACGAGGAUAAUCGUUCAGAGACAUCCAACAAUCGGGCCUUCGCUUACUUUGAUUGGAAGGCAGGUAAAUGCUCAAAUUUUGGUUCUGUUUGUCUGUACACCAAUCAAGAUGUUGAAAAUUGGUUGAGCGCACACAACAUUUUGCGAUCGGGAAUUCUGAACAUUUAACAUUUACCAUAGUGACUGAUUUCUGAGCAAAUCAGGGAGGAUGACUUGCUCUCAACACACACCACACUAAUGGAUAAUUGUUUAGACAUUCGAUAAUUGGCCCUCUGCUGACUGAUUUCGAUCGCAAGGGGAAAAAAUUGCUUAAAUUUGGCUCGAUUGUGUGUAUGAGAGUGAGGCAUGCUUAAGAUUUUAAAAAAUGGUUGACAACACACAAGGAUUUGUGAUUGUGAAUUUUGAACGUUUAAUAUUUACAAUUGUGACCAUUUUCCAAGCUGAUUGGGGAGGAAAAAAAAUGUCCUAUUACCUACCCGCACACCACAGGAUAAUUGUUCAGAGGUAUUCAAUAAAUGGGCCUUUAAUGUCAAGGGAGGGGAAAUGGUCGCAUUUGGCCCGAUUGUCAGUAUAUGUGUACCCUGCUUUCAUUGCUGUAUAUACAGUACAUAGAGAUUUCACAUUUAAUAGUGUGAUCUGAAAUACAACCUUUGCGAGCACAAAAGCACAUUCCUGAUUUUCCUUCUGAUUCACGUUUUGAACAUUUAAAUUUAAAUUUAGCUCAGGGGUUUUACAAGAAAAGUAUAUUUUAAUUGUUCCAGUUUAGGCCUUUAUAUAUACUCAGUGUUAAUCUGAUUCUCAGGUGAUCAAACAAGUUAAUUGUGUCUUCUCGACUCAUAACGCCACCAUUGUUAUUGUUUGUAUGCCUGAGCUUGCUGUAAAAGUGCAUACUGCUAUGGAUGCUCAAACAAGUUCCUCUCUUGUCCGCCUUCAGAAAAGGGAACCAUUAUGUAGCACUUAACUUCCUCAUGAACAGAGUUGUUUAUGCAUUCACGCUUUUUUUAUAUUGAAAGCUCUUUAUGUACGAAUAGAAAAGGAAAAAAAAUACACUGCUCCCUUUUUAUUCCUAAUAUCAUACCUAUUGUUUUUAUUUAUGUGCUGGAUUUGUACUUUAUAUUAUUUUUAUGUAAUUUUCGGGAAAGAUGAGUUGAUAAAAGGUUUUAGGUGUGUGGAAUUGCUGGAGAGUGGUUAGAAAUUCAGGAUAUUGAGAAGGUAGAAAGAAGGGCCGUCUUUUUUUAAUGUGGUCAAACUGGACGUGAUGUUGGUUUUUCGUUGGAAGUAUACCGUUGAGGUUAAAGGUAUGUGGGUGUGGAAAAGCAUUUGCAAGAGAUAGCUGAAUGCUAGGGGGCCUUGGUAUAGCGUGAAAUAGAAUUUCUCUAAUUUCUCUGCAUUGUUGUCUUUUUGUUGUUAUCAUUCAUACUGUCAUUGACCUUUAUGUGGAGCGGCCACGUUCUAAUCUGUAUGUCAUCUGGAAGAACUGGAAUGCCACUCUGAGAGGGCAAAAUCCAACCGGUUUUCUCCAGAUAGUUGACACAAGUCUAUAUUGUCACUCUUCUAGUCAUGCUGGACCUAAGGGGGGAAAAAAAGGAAAAAAAACUGCCUUUCAAGAAAUAAGCUUCAAUGUCUUUAAACCUUGGGAAUUUAAGGAGACAUGCAAAAAAAAGAAAAAGAAGCAUUAGCCUAAUAGCAUAAUUGUACGUCAUUUUUAACUUAGUCACAGCAUUGACAAAAAUACCAAUGCACUUGCACUAUGUUGUUUUUUCUCUGAAAUUGUGAGUUGGAAACUAGAAUCUUGAAUUAAUUUUUUUUUGGGGGGGGGGUUUAAAAAAUAAUUGAGAAAUUAUGCUACUAGGCUAACAAAAAUGUAAUUUAAAGCAUUUCCAAGGUGUCUAAACAUGGAUGGCAAUUUAUUGACAAAAUUUCUCUUGAGAAUCACAAAUUAUAGAACCCUUCACUGCAUUUACGCCUUUAGCCUGGUUUAGGGGUGGCGAUUCCGUCACACUAAAGGCUCUCAUUACUAUGAUGACUCGGGGAGCAGGAAGGGCAUUGCGACAAUGCUAGCAGGUUUUCGACUGAAGAGAGUGAAGAAAAACACAAGCGCCCAUUAAAACAACAAAAGCAUGGCGUGUAUUUUUACUGGUGGAGGCGGCACUUAAUUAGCAAGCAACCAAAUUACACUUGGUGUAGCGGAUCUGUGCCCAUAGCACAUGUUUUUCUCAAGUUCUCAACCGACUACAAUGACAAUUUCACUGCACUCUUGUGAGUGCUGCUAAUAGUCUUGCUAACACUGCAGCUCUGCUUAGUGGCUUUAACAUGAAACAUUUCAGUCAAUUUAAUUCUGUCGUGUGACAGAUCCUCCCCCUGCUUAACCGCUGAGUUGUGGUCACAGAAACUUUAUAUGGGGGGGC